AUGGCCAGCGCUUCCACCUCACGGUCGACGACCAUGUCGUCCACCUCGCAGCCUUCGUCCAUCAGGUCCGUUGACCUCAACAACAACAGCAAGGGCUCGCCUCAAUUAAAUGCUCAGAACGGUCAACCCGCUACUGCCGACCAAAUACCAAAGCAGCCCGAAAAAGCAUCUGUCAAGGACCGUCUUACUCGCAUGUUCUCGACAAAAGACGUCAACAGGCUGGAGCUGAACGCCUCGCCCUCCAAGAAACCCCUACCCGCCGCCACUAUUGCCGAGCAAGGCUCGACUUCGGCUGCCUCGACUCCUCCCCUCAAGCCCACGAUCCCCUCACGGCAAGCAUCCGUCACAGACAGGUUGGACAAACCGGCCGAGAAGACCCCUGGUCCCAAGUCUGCGAAGUCAGCCAACGGGAACGGCCACCCCUCGCAGCGCUAUGUCGUCAACCCUGAGGCCCAGGGCGGCCACGAGCACCAUCUCAGGUCGAGCAGACGCCAGGAGAAGCUGACCGACAUGUUCAAGGGCUUGCUGGGAAAACGUGCUGAGCAAGUGCCCGACAGCGACCUGUCUCUGGUCUCAAACUGGGUCGAUGCCCUGAAGCAGGAAAAGGACUCCAUGGCUGGGGACAAGAAGGGUGGCCCCAAGGAGACGGUGACACUCGUAGAAAAGUAUGGAAAAUGUCAGGAGGUCGUUGGACGCGGCGCCUUUGGUAUAGUCAGGAUAUCGCACAAGAAACUCGAAGGCCUACCGGGCGAAAAGCUGUUUGCCGUCAAAGAGUUCCGCCGGCGCCCGGAGGAAACGGAGAAGAAGUACAGCAAGCGACUGACAGCCGAGUUUUGUAUCUCGUCCUCCCUCCGACACCCAAAUGUCAUCCACACCCUGGACCUCCUGAAGGACGCCAAAGGAGACUACUGCGAGGUCAUGGAGUUCUGUGCCGGUGGUGACUUGUACACUUUGGUCCUUGCCGCGGGCAAACUAGAGGUGCAGGAGGCAGACUGCUUUUUCAAGCAGAUGAUGCGCGGCGUCGAGUACAUGCACGAGAUGGGGGUCGCGCACCGCGAUCUGAAGCCAGAAAAUCUACUGCUGACCACAAAUGGCGGUCUGAAGAUCACAGAUUUUGGAAACGGCGAGUGUUUCCGCAUGGCGUGGGAAAACGACGCACAUAUGGUGUCUGGCUUGUGUGGCUCAGCUCCAUACAUUGCGCCAGAGGAGUACGUCGACAAGGAGUUCGAUGCUAGAGCUGUGGAUGUCUGGGCCUGCGGCGUCAUCUACAUGGCGAUGCGGACGGGUAGGCAUUUGUGGCGGGUUGCUAAGAAGGAUGAGGACGAAUUUUAUGCUCGCUACCUUAAGGGGCGGCGAGACGAGGAGGGUUACGGCCCAAUCGAGUCCCUGCACCGGGCUCGAUGCCGAAACGUCAUUUACUCGAUAUUAGAUCCCAACCCGACCAGACGGAUCACCGCGUCUCAGGUGCUCAAGUCGGAAUGGGGCCGUGAGAUAAAACUCUGCAAAGCUGGUGAGGAGGGCCUCUGA